AUGGCGGACCACUUGCCUUCCGAGUUUGAUGUGGUGGUCAUAGGAACGGGCUUACCUGAGUCUAUCAUCGCGGCAGCUUGCGCAAGGAGCGGCCAGCAGGUUCUUCAUGUGGAUUCGAGAAAUUAUUAUGGAGGAAAUUGGGCAAGUUUUAGCUUCUCGGGAUUAUUGUCCUGGAUAAAAGAAAACCAAGAACAGGCUGAUCCGUGUGAGGAAAGUACGGCUUGGCAAGACCUAAUUCUUGAAAAUGAGGAAGCAGUUCCUCUUAAUAAGGAAGAUCAAACCAUCCAGAAUGUAGAAUAUUUCUGCUACGUUAGCCAGGACUCAGACGAAGAUGUUGAAGAAGCCGGUGCGCUGCCAAGACCAUCUGCCUCAGCCACUUCCGCCUUUACUAAAGAUUCCGAGGAAACCUCUGCGGUCACCGAGGUCGAGAACGGAGGCUCGUCUUCAGACGGUGGGGCCAAAAGCGAAGAGAUCCGCCCUCCGAGUGAUGCAGGAAGUGAUCCACAAGGUACCAGUGACGAAGAGGACACAGGAAGGACUUCUCUGGAAGGGAAGUCCGCUGACAGAAUCAUGCCUGAUUCAGCAGCAUUGGAGACCGGAGAGCCAAAUGAGCCAGUCCCUGAAGCUGCAGCUGAACCAAGGAAAAUCACCUAUCCCCAAAUUGUAAAGAAGCAGGCGGUUAAUAUUGAUUUAAUAUCUAAGCUCCUCUAUUCCCGAGGAUUGCUGAUUGACCUCCUCAUCAAGUCAAACGUCAGCCGAUAUGCCGAGUUCAAAAACGUCACCCGUAUUCUUGCAUUGAGGGAUGGCAGAGUGGAACAGGUUCCAUGUUCCAGAGCGGACAUUUUCACAACAAACAGUGACAAUGGUGAAAAACGAAUGCUGAUGAGAUUUCUGACCUUUUGCCUGGAUUUUGAACAGCGCCCUGAUGAAUACCAAGCUCAGAAGGAUCGCAAGUUUGCCGACUAUUUAAAAACCCAGAAGUUAACGCCCAACCUGCAGCAUUUCAUUCUGCAUUCCAUUGCGAUGGUCUCGGAGGCCGAUUGCUGCACCAUAGAUGGGCUGAAGGCCACUCAAAAAUUUCUACAGUGCCUGGGGCGCUACGGCAAUACCCCCUUCUUAUUUCCUUUGUACGGCCAAGGGGAAAUCCCUCAGUGUUUUUGUCGGAUGUGUGCAGUAUUCGGUGGGAUCUAUUGCCUCCGGCACGCCAUAAAGUGUCUUGUGUUAGACAAAGAACUUAGAAGCCAACCAGAUCCUAGUUCCACCUUAUCAAUCAUUGUAACCUAUUUCUCUGAUGUCCACCGAUGCAUCAAGUGA